UAGGGGGAGGUGGGGGUAGGGGGACGCCGACACCCGUCACCCAGGGACGCCGAGGUGAAGGCGGGCAGGGGGGUGGGGGCGAGAUCGGGCUCCGACCCCCGGCCGAGGGGAUGAGGGGAGCAUGGGCGCCAAGGAGUCACGGAUCGGAUUCCUCUGCUACGAGGAGGCGCUGAGGAGAGUUACAGAUGUAGAGCUGAAACGCCUGAAAGAUGCCUUCAAGAGGACCUGCGGACUCUCAUAUUACAUGGGCCAGCACUGCUUCAUCAGGGAAGUGCUUGGGGAUGGAGUGCCUCCAAAAGUUGCUGAGGUGAUUUACUGUUCUUUUGGUGGAACAUCUAAAGGACUGCACUUCAAUAAUUUAAUAGUUGGACUUGUCCUUCUUACAAGAGGCAGAGAUGAAGAGAAAACAAAAUACAUAUUUAGUCUUUUUGCAAGUGAAUCCGGGAGCUAUGUUGUACGGGAAGAAAUGGAAAGAAUGCUUCAUGUGGUGGAUGGUAAAGUUCCAGAUACACUCAGGAAGUGUUUCUCAGAGGGUGAAAAGGUAAACUAUGAAAAGUUUAGAAAUUGGCUGCUGCUAAACAAAGAUGCUUUUACCUUCUCUCGUUGGUUACUGUCUGGAGGUGUAUAUGUGACACUCACAGAUGACAGUGAUACGCCUACUUUCUACCAGACUCUUGCUGGAGUCACGCAUUUGGAGGAAUCAGACAUCAUUGAUCUGGAAAAACGCUAUUGGUUCCUGAAGGCUCAGUCCCGGACUGGACGAUUUGAUUUAGAGACUUUUGGCCCAUUGGUUUCUCCACCUAUUCGUCCAUCUCUAAGUGAAGGUUUGUUUAAUGCUUUUGAUGAAAAUCGUGAUAACCACAUAGAUUUUAAAGAGAUAUCCUGUGGAUUAUCAGCCUGCUGCAGGGGACCCCUUGCUGAAAGACAAAAAUUUUGCUUCAAGGUAUUUGAUGUUGACCGCGAUGGAGUUCUCUCCAGAGUUGAAUUGAAAGACAUGGUGGUUGCACUUUUAGAGGUCUGGAAGGACAACCGCACCGAUGAUAUCCCUGAAUUACAUACAGACCUCUGUGACAUUGUAGAAGGCAUAUUAAAUACACAUGACACUACAAAGAUGGGUCAUCUUUCUCUAGAAGACUAUCAGAUCUGGAGUGUGAAAAAUGUACUGGCCAAUGAAUUUUUGAAUCUCCUUUUCCAGGUAUGUCAUAUAGUUCUGGGUUUAAGACCAGCUACUCCGGAAGAAGAAGGGCAAAUUAUUAGAGGAUGGUUAGAACGAGAGAGCAGGUAUGGUCUGCAGCCAGGACACAAUUGGUUUAUCAUCUCCAUGCAGUGGUGGCAGCAAUGGAAAGAAUACGUCAAAUAUGACACCAGCCCUGUUGUGAUUGAACCAUCUUCUGUUCUGAACGGAGGGAAAUACUCAUUUGGAACAGCGGUGCAUCAUGGAGAGCAAAGCGAAGACAGAGGAGGAGGCAGCGUUAGUUACGGGAAUGCCACAGAAGAGAAAUUUUCAGACAAUAUUUCUACUGCUUCUGAAGCCUCAGAAAGCACUGGCAGUGGCUUUCUGUAUUCUACCACACCAGGGACAGAUUUGUGCUUUGCCCGACAACAUAAUACUUCUGACAAUAACAACCAGUGUUUGGUAGGAGCCAAUGGGAAUAUUUUGUUGCACCUCAAUCCUCAGAAACCAGGUGCUAUUGAUAAUCAACCACUAGUAACUCAAGAGCCAGUAAAGGCUACAUCAUUAACACUAGAAGGAGGACGAUUGAAACGAACACCACAGCUGAUCCAGGGAAGAGAUUAUGAAAUGGUUCCAGAGCCUGUGUGGAGAGCACUUUAUCAUUGGUAUGGAGCAAACCUGGCACUCCCUAGACCUGUUAUCAAGAAUAGCAAGACAGAGACCCCAGAGCUGGAAUUAUUUCCUCGAUAUCUUCUCUUCCUAAGACAGCAGCCUGCCACUCGGACACAACAGUCUAACAUCUGGGUGAAUAUGGGUAUGAUGAGCCUGAGAAUGUUUCCUCAGCAUUUACCAAGAGGAAAUGUGCCUUCUCCGAAUGCACCAUUAAAGCGGGUGUUAGCCUAUACAGGCUGUUUUAGUCGAAUGCAAACCAUCAAGGAAAUUCACGAAUAUCUGUCACAGAGGCUGCGCAUUAAAGAGGAAGAUAUGCGUCUAUGGCUAUACAACAGUGAGAAUUACCUUACUCUUCUGGAUGAUGAGGAUCAUAGGUUGGAAUAUUUGAAAAUACAGGAUGAGCAGCACUUGGUAAUUGAAGUUCGAAACAAAGAUAUGAGUUGGCCUGAGGAAAUGUCCUUUAUAGCAAACAGUAGUAAAAUUGAUAGACAUAAGGUUCCCACGGAAAAGGGAGCCACAGGUCUAAGUAACCUUGGAAACACAUGCUUCAUGAACUCAAGUAUCCAGUGUGUUAGUAACACACAGCCACUGACACAGUAUUUCAUCUCAGGGAGACAUCUCUAUGAACUCAACAGGACUAAUCCCAUUGGUAUGAAGGGGCAUAUGGCUAAAUGCUAUGGGGAUUUAGUACAGGAACUAUGGAGCGGAACUCAGAAAAAUGUCGCCCCGUUGAAACUUCGGUGGACCAUAGCAAAAUAUGCUCCCAGGUUUAAUGGAUUCCAGCAACAGGACUCCCAAGAACUUCUGGCUUUUCUCUUGGAUGGUCUUCAUGAAGAUCUAAAUCGAGUCCAUGAGAAGCCAUAUGUGGAACUGAAGGACAGUGAUGGCCGACCAGACUGGGAAGUAGCUGCAGAGGCUUGGGACAACCAUCUGAGAAGGAAUAGAUCAAUUGUUGUGGAUUUAUUCCAUGGACAGCUAAGAUCGCAAGUCAAAUGCAAGACUUGUGGGCAUAUAAGUGUUCGAUUUGACCCUUUCAAUUUUUUGUCUUUGCCAUUACCAAUGGACAGUUACAUGCAUUUAGAAAUAACAGUUAUUAAGUUAGAUGGUACUACCCCUAUACGAUAUGGACUGAGACUGAAUAUGGAUGAAAAGUACACGGGUUUAAAAAAACAGCUGAGUGAUCUCUGUGGACUUAAAUCAGAACAAAUUCUUCUUGCAGAAGUACAUGGUUCUAACAUAAAGAACUUCCCCCAGGACAACCAAAAAGUCCGUCUCUCAGUGAGUGGAUUUCUGUGUGCGUUUGAAAUUCCUAUUCCUGGAUCUCCUAUUUCAGCCUCUAGUCCAGUACAAACAGAUUUCUCCUCUUCCCCUUCUACAAAUGGAAUGUUAACCCUAACUGCCAAUGGGGACCUGCCCCGACCACUCUUCAUCCCCAAUGGAAUGCCAAACACUGUUGUGCCAUGUGGAACUGAGAAAAACUUUACAAAUGGAAUGGUGAAUGGUCACAUGCCAUCGCUACCAGACAACCCAUUUACAGGCUACAUCAUUGCAGUCCACCGAAAAAUGAUGAGGACAGAAUUGUAUUUCCUAUCAUCUCAGAAGAAUCGCCCCAGCCUCUUUGGAAUGCCACUGAUUGUUCCGUGCACUGUGCAUACCCGGAAGAAAGAUCUAUAUGAUGCGGUUUGGAUUCAAGUAUCUCGAUUAGCCAGCCCACUCCCACCUCAAGAAGCUAGUAAUCAUGCUCAGGAUUGUGAUGACAGUAUGGGUUAUCAGUAUCCAUUCACUCUACGAGUUGUGCAGAAAGAUGGGAAUUCCUGUGCUUGGUGCCCGUGGUAUAGAUUUUGCCGAGGCUGCAAAAUUGACUGUGGAGAAGAUAGUGCUUUCAUUGGAAACGCCUAUAUUGCCGUGGAUUGGGACCCCACCGCUCUUCACCUCCGAUAUCAGACCUCACAGGAAAGGGUUAUAGAUGAGCACGAGAGUGUAGAACAGAGUCGGCGAGCUCAAGCUGAGCCCAUCAACCUGGACAGCUGCCUACGAGCUUUCACCAGUGAGGAGGAGCUCGGGGAAAACGAAAUGUACUAUUGCUCCAAGUGUAAAACCCACUGCUUGGCGACGAAGAAGCUAGAUCUCUGGAGGCUUCCUCCAGUCCUGAUCAUUCACCUUAAACGUUUUCAGUUUGUAAAUGGUCGAUGGAUAAAGUCACAGAAAAUUGUUAAAUUUCCUCGGGAGAGUUUUGACCCGAGUGCUUUUCUGGUACCAAGAGACCCAGCUCUCUGGCAGCGGAAGGCCCUCACCCUGCAGGGCGAUGAUGUCUCCGAGCCCAGGGCACCAGCGGGAACGAAGAAAGCGGACACACAGAGCCCAGCAGGGGGAGAGGGUGCUCUCCUGAGCAAGAGCCCAUCCUCACUCAGUGCGAACUUCAGCAGCAGCCCGAAAGGUUCACCUUCUUCAUCGAGAAAAAGUGGAACCAGCUGUCCCUCCAGUAAAAACAGCAGCCCAAAUAGCAGCCCACGGACUUUAGGGAGGAGCAAAGGGAGGCUUCGUCUCCCCCAGAUUGGCAGCAAAAAUAAACUGUCGAAUAGUAAGGAGAAUUUGGAUGCCAGCAAAGAGAACGGGGCUGGGCACGUGUAUGAGCUAGCUGAAGCCUUGAGCCGAGGGCACAUGCUGGGGGGCAGCCAACCCGAGCUGGUUACCCCGCAGGACCACGAAGUAGCUUUGGCCAAUGGAUUCCUUUAUGAGCACGAGGCAUGUAGCAAUGGCUGUAGCAAUGGUCAACUUGAAAACCACAGUGAAGAAGAUAGCACUGAUGACCAAAGAGAAGCCGCUCAUGUGAAGCCUAUUUAUAACCUGUAUGCAAUUUCGUGCCAUUCAGGAAUUCUGGGCGGGGGCCACUAUGUCACUUAUGCCAAAAACCCAAACAGCAAGUGGUACUGUUAUAAUGACAGCAGCUGUAAGGAACUUCACCCUGAUGAAAUCGACACCGACUCUGCCUACAUCCUUUUCUAUGAGCAGCAGGGGAUCGACUAUGCACAAUUUCUGCCAAAGAUCGAUGGCAAGAAGAUGGCAGACACGAGCAGCAUGGAUGAAGACUUUGAGUCCGAUUAUAAAAAAUACUGUGUGUUACAGUAAGGUGGCCACUCGAGCUGCUAGACAGGCAGUGGGAAGGGAGGCCCCUCCCUGGAGCUGACAUUUGGCAAAAGCAUUGCUGGAAGGCAAGCUAAAUGUAGUUAUUUUAUCCUGAGACCCUGAAGCACAAAAUAAAAACCCUAAUUAAAAUAGCCGUUAACAGAACAGUAGUAAUAAUUUUGUUUGGAAGUGUGUCACGUAGGCUCUCUGGUAGAGAACUUUCAGGCAGGGCCCACCACUAGCCUGUAAGCAAAAGAAUUUGGCACCAGCCCGCCCUGGGACCAAAUGAGAACUGAAUUGUGCUCGUCCAGAUGUGAACAAACACGUAGUGAGUAUAGAGUUUACCAGUAAUCAUAACAAAAUACUAAGAGUUUCCUUGGCGUCAAAGUAAAACAAAAAAAAUUGUAGUGUUGUCUGGGGACGACAUGAUAUGCUACCUCCUUUUUCCUGAAGUUUUAUUCCAUUAUAUUGACAAGAUGGAGAAUGCAAGAUCAUGAAGGUGCGCAAAAGAUGCCAUGGCAUGGACACAGAUUUUUUUUAAUUUAUAUUCUAAGCCUUACAUCUCUCUUGCUUUUGUUUCUGUUGGUUUGUCUGUGAGACACAGCCGUUGGUGGCAGACGCACAGAUACGGAAGACACUCAGAGCUGUGUGCCUUCCACCCCGGGGCCUCAGUCGGCACGUCCUGCAGAGAAAGAAUCAAGCAAAACAUCACUGGGAAUCCAGCCCAAGUGGCCUUCCCCAUAAAGGCUGUUCCUCAGAGGCUCUGUCAGGAAGUUUCCCAAAUGUGCCCCCCGCCCAGUGUGCUAGGUUGUUGCCAAUAUUUGCACCGUCUUCACACGCACAUUGCACAAAUUACUGCUGAGAGGAAAAACGGCAUCCAGGCUUGGCGCCUGUGCACAGUGCGUGAUGAGUUACUCCUUUGGCUUUUGUUUUUGCACUUUAAAAAGAGAAUACAUACAAAUGAACUUUUUAAAAAAACUUGUUCAUAUUUGAUGGCUGUAAGGGCUAUAAAUUAACAUAAAUGGGGUCUUUCCCCGUCAUGACAAAUUUAAAAACAAAACACAUCCCAAACAUAGAAAGUGUAGAAGUAUUUUUAAUGAAAUUGGUGGUUUAAAGAAGUAAGCUUAUGAGUUUUUUGUUUGCGUGUCCAUUUAUUUUUGUUUGUUUGGUGUUUGUAUUUUUUUCUUUUAACUUCACAGUAGUGAUCAUCAAAAGUUAUGUUUCUUGCUCACUUCAUUUUUUUCCCCCUCUGGUAAUUCAAGACUGGAACAAAAAUAUAAAUGUUAUUUAUUUCAGGCAGCAGCAUUUUUUUCUUGUUGUUUUUAAAUAUAUAUGUACAUACAUAUAUAUAUAUUUGAAGUAAAUAUUUCACUUUUUUCAGUCUUUUUUUUUUUUUUCAUUUAUUUGAACCCUGGGAAAUGAUUGUAGUUGUCAGAUUCCAUUAGCCUUCCUCUCUCUGAGAUAGUAGGUACUAAUGUGAUUAAGUGUUAGGAUUCAAAUAUCAGAGGCCAGUUACCAAUCCAGUUCUCAGAACAUUUAGAAGCAUUGUCUGAAGUGGCUGCCUGAGCUGAAACCCAGUUCAGAAGACAUGAAGUCAAUAAGUGCAAGUAGGAAGGAGUGGUCUGAAUGCUGUGAUGUGACAAAGCUAGACAAAAUGCAGGCUUUAGCAUUUUAUGAUUUUUCAGGAUGGAAAAUCUAUCCAUUCCUACCUGGACAAGUCCCAUGAAAAAGUGAAAAAUUUUUAAAUAAUUUCUUUAAAGAUGUUUUAUUUAAGCAGGUAGCACAAUCUACUAAUGUUGUUUGAUCUGUGUUUGUUAUAUUGGUUGUAAUUAAUUUUUUAAUCCAUGACUAGCAGAAAAUUUAUUAAAUUAAAUAUUAACUACAUUCACCUUGUAAAUUACUGUAUAAAACUUGUUGACAAUGCACUGACUUUAGAAGGAUGUUGAUGUACAUAGAGUGUAAAUAAAAUAGUGUUGAUGUUCUGAAAUAUGAACUGUAUAAAAAAAGUAUUGGUAAUUGUAUAUGGAGUGUACUUGUUUAUCUGUAACUAUUAUCCAAACAAAUUAAAUACUGUGGAUGCAUAUA